ACUAAAGUAAUUUGCAAUAAGCAACAACAAGAGCUAGUAGCCAUGAAGCAUUUAUUUCUCACAAGCUUUCUUAUUCUCCUCUCUUUUCACCAUUUGGUUUUUCCCAUCUUUUGCAACUCUAGCCAAACUGACAACCUUUUCAAGUUGCUUAAAUCUCGAAAAUCCCAAAAUCCUCCAAAUACUGAACUAUGGGUUGGAUUAGACAACGAUGAUGGCGAUUUUUCUCCAGUGUAUAUUGGACCCCAAGAUGGGUUGAAGAAAGCUGACAAGAUCAAUGCCUUGCCAGGACAACCAAAAGGAGUGGAUUUCGAUCAGUAUGCUGGCUAUAUUACUAUAGACCCGAAACCCGGGAGAGCACUGUUCUAUUACUUUGUGGAGUCACCUCAAAAUUCUGCAACCAAGCCUCUAGUCUUGUGGUUAAAUGGAGGCCCAGGAUGCUCUUCUCUUGGAUAUGGAGCCAUGGAGGAACUGGGACCUUUCAGAGUCAACAGUGAUGGAAAAACAUUAUUCCGAAAUGAUUACGCAUGGAACUCCGUGGCAAAUGUUAUCUUUUUGGAGUCCCCAGCGGGAGUUGGGUUUUCAUAUUCAAACACGUCCUCAGAUUACAUCAAAAGCGGUGACACAAAAACAGCGGAGGACUCUUACACUUUUCUUGUGAACUGGCUUGAGAGAUUCCCCCAAUAUAAAAACAGAGAUUUCUUUAUAGCUGGAGAAAGCUAUGCAGGUCAUUAUGUACCUCAACUUGCUCACACAAUUCUCUCAAAGAACAAGAACAAAAACCAAACAGUAAUCAACCUCAAAGGCAUUGCAAUUGGGAAUGCUUGGAUAGAUGAUAAUACUGGUCAAGUGGGCAUGUAUGAUUAUUUUUGGACACAUGCUUUAAACUCCGACGAAACUAAUGCAGGAAUUCAUAAGUACUGCAACUUGGUUUCGGAUAAUUUCCCAAGCCAGUGUGAUGAUUACCAAACACGAGGAGAUUUAGAAACCGGAGAUAUUGAUAUUUAUAACAUAUAUGCUCCAAUUUGCAAAAAUGCAAAACCCAAGUCAGGCCAAAGCGGUUCUGUCCACAAUUUUGAUCCUUGCUCCGACUAUUAUGUCGGUACUUAUCUAAAUCUUGCCGAGGUGCAAACAGCUCUUCAUGCAAAAGCUACAGAAUGGGAAGCUUGCAGUGGUUAUGCAUGGACAGACAGCCCAACGACAAUUCUGCCCACUAUAAAUCAUCUCAUAUCAAGUGGAAUUAGUGUAUGGAUAUACAGUGGCGACAUAGAUGGCCGAGUUCCAGUAACCACCUCUAGGUACGCCAUAAACGCACUAAAACUACCAGUCACUACUAAUUGGCGCCCAUGGUAUUCUGACAAUGAGGUUGGAGGAUAUGUGGUUGGGUACAAAGGAUUGACAUUCGCCACAGUAAGGGGAGCUGGGCAUGAAGUUCCAAGCUACCAACCGGAACGAGCACUGACCAUGAUCUCAUCUUUCCUUACAGGGAAACUUCCCCCAAUGGAAUAAAUUGCCCUUUCACACUGUAAUUUCUAAAAAUUUAUAUUGUCCAGGUACUUGUAAACUAAGUUCAAAUAGUUCCUGCACGGUCAUGGAUUGACUUCUACUAGAGAAAA